AUGUCGAACUCAAUCGCAAAACAUGGCUUCGCCUCCGUCCCUGCGAACACCAACACGCUAUUCAGCGAGGUAGAUCUCAAGGCCAAAUCCUAUCCAAUCGCAGUCCCUGUUUCAGAGACUCCUAUACCUGACACUCCUCUCUGCCGCCGGAUCCAAGAGUGCGCCCGCACUCGCCUCCCUCAGCCCACAUACCACCACAGCCUCCGCGUCUACCACUACGGGCUCGCCAUAAAGCGCUACGCCUUUCCCGAUUGGUCUUUUAGUGAUGAGACUUAUUUCUUAGCGUGCAUGCUGCAUGAUAUUGGGACGACGCGCGAGAAUCUGCAUGCCACCAAACUGAGCUUUGAGUUCUAUGGUGGGUACCUCGCGCUCGAUGUGCUCCAGACGCAGUAUGAUGCGGGCGAUGCGAUCGCAUCAAAAGACCAGGCAGAGAGUAUAGCCGAGGCCAUCAUUCGGCAUCAAGACUUGAGGGAUGUUGGAAGUAUUACUGCGCUCGGCCAGUUGGUGCAACUGGCGACCAUCUUUGACAACGUCGGCGGCCAUGCAAGCUUGGUCCAUGACGAUACCGUCAAAGAUGUUGUUGAGCAUUACCCGCGGCUCAAAUGGAGCUCGUGUUUUGCUGCUACGGUGGCCGAGGAGGUGGAGUUGAAACCGUGGGCACAUACAACUGCUUUGGGCGACUUCAAGGGGCAUAUCCUCGCAAAUCCGUAUAAUAGCUUCUACCUACGGCAAUACGCGCACGAAUAUGCACGGCAGUUGUCGUUUUCAAAACUUUCCCGCAUGUCCUGUCAGAACUCUAUCCUAGACAAGGAGUUCUAUCAACGUCACCGAACUAGUGGCACACCCCUGCCAAAAUUCUUCACAUCGGCUGCAAAUGCGUCAGAUCGGGCUAUUUUUCAGGAGGGCCCGUAG